AUGACGCAAGGUUAUCCAACGGAUCCUUCCUCGAGCUCGAAGGUAUCAAGUAGCGCCAUGGGCUACACCGAUGGAUCGUCUGUGCCACCUCCCGAAAAUCCUGCUACAUCUGGCUACCCUGCCGUUACUCCCACAUCAAUGGCCAUUGGACCCGAUGGUGGUGGACAUGGUCCUGUUAUCGCAAGUACCUUCAGUAUGAAUGCUUCCUUCUCAUCUCUUGACAUCUCCAUUAUUCAGGAGAUACUGCCUUGCGAUAUGAAUGACUGA